AUGCGAGGCGACUAUUUCCGCUACUUGGGAGAGAUCCUUCUUGGAGACGAUCGCAAAGCGCUAGUCGAAAAGGCCGAACAAGCUUACAACGAGGCCUUCGUCAUUGCCAAGGAGAACAUGGUUCCGACGCACCCAAUUCGUCUCGGCUUGGCCCUCAACUUCUCGGUCUUCUACUAUGAGCUGGCUGGCAACCAGCAGAAGGCUUGCAAAAUGGCUAGGGAGGCGUUUGAUGAAGCUGUCAAGGGGCUGGACUCGUUGAACGAAGAUUCGUACAAGCGGUUC